UGUUCAGAGACUCGCAGGAUUGUAAAGGCAACCACCUAUCAAAGAAAUUAGGUGCUUUACGACUGGCAUGUAAUUAUGGAUGAAGAAUACUAUAGCGGUGCUGGAGAGUGGGAUGGGCAAGAGGCUAAUAUGGAAGAAGACGGCUUCGCGGACACCGAGGCAGACGAUAAAGUCCAGGAGGAGUGCUUGCAGAAAUUCUCUAGUAGAGACUACAUAAUGGAGCCCACAGUGUUUAACACGUUGAAAACCUAUUUCCAGGCAGGUGGUUCCCCUGAGCAUGUUAUUCAACUCCUGUCAGAGAAUUAUUCUGCUGUGGCCCAAACGGUGAAUCUGCUGGCUGAAUGGCUCAUUCAGAUGGGUGUGGAGCCAGCUCAGGUGCAGGAACGAGUAGAGAACCAUCUGAAGAGCCUCCUCAUCAAACAUUUUGACCCACAAAAAGCUGACUCUAUUUUCACAGUAGAGGGAGAAACACCAGGAUGGCUAGAGCAGAUGAUUGCUCACACUACAUGGAGAGAUCUCUUUUACAAACUAGCUGAAGCUCAUCCAGACUGCCUGAUGCUCAACUUCACAGUCAAGCUGAUCUCGGAUGCAGGAUACCAAGGGGAGAUCACGAGUGUGUCUACAGCCUGUCAGCAACUGGAAGUUUUCUCCCGAGUAUUGCGUACCUCACUGUCCACACUACUUGAUGGGGGAGAACAAAACUUAGAGAAAAACCUACCCGAGUUUGCUAAGAUGGUGUGUCACGGUGAGCAUACAUACCUUUUUGCUCAGGCCAUGAUGUCCAUUCUGGCACAAGAGGAGCAGGGUGGAUCGGUUGUGCGUCGCAUUGGGCAGGAAGUGCAAAAGUUUGCCCUUCAGAGUGGUCAUGAUGCAAGUCAGAUCACAUUGGCACUAGGGACUGCAGCGGCAUACCCACGUGCAUGCCAGGCUCUUGGUGCAAUGCUCUCCAAAGGGGCACUUAAUCCUGCAGAUAUCACAGUUCUUUUCAAGAUGUUCAGCAGUAUGGACCCUCCACCCGUGGAACUGAUCCGUGUUCCGGCCUUCCUGGAUCUUUUCAUGCAGUCUUUGUUUAAACCUGGAGCCAAGAUAAACCAGGACCACAAACACAAAUAUAUUCACAUUCUGGCCUAUGCAGCCAGUGUGGUGGAGACAUGGAAGAAGAACAAGCGUGUAAAUAUCAAUAAGGAUGAGCUGAAGGCCACUUCUAAAGCCAUUGAGACUGUUCAUAAUCUGUGCUGUAAUGAGAAUAAAGGAGCUACAGAGCUAGUGGCAGAACUCAGCACUCUGUACCAGUGCAUCAGGUUUCCAGUAGUUGCAAUGGGGGUGUUAAAGUGGGUUGACUGGACUGUAUCAGAACCUCGUUACUUUCAGCUGCAGACAGAUCACACCCCCAUCCAUUUGGCCUUAUUGGAUGAGAUCAGUACAUGCCAUCAACUCCUACACCCGCAGGUGCUACAGCUGCUUGUCAAACUCUUUGAAACAGAACAUUCCCAACUUGACGUCAUGGAACAGCUGGAGCUGAAGAAGACUUUGCUUGACCGCAUGGUUCACCUUUUAAGUCGAGGUUAUGUCCUGCCAGUUGUCAGCUACAUGCGUAAAUGCCUGGAGAAACUUAAUACAGACAUCUCGCUCAUCAGAUAUUUUGUAACAGAGGUUCUGGAUGUGAUCACUCCACCAUAUACCUCUGACUUUGUUCAGCUGUUUUUACCAAUCCUGGAGAACGACAGCAUAGCUGGGACCAUCCGCACUGAAGGAGAGCAUGAUCCUGUGACUGAAUUCAUUGCACAUUGCAAAUCCAAUUUCAUCAUGAUGAACUGAGACCAGUCAACACUUCUACCCUGCAGAAAUUUUGCAGAUGUUUUAUGCCAGGAAGACCAGGAUUAUAAUGUCCAAUCAAAAGCCAGUGAAAGCUCACCUGCAUCGACAUAUGGAGUUUAGAAUAAAAGCUAACUGCAUUCAAACUUGGCAUAGCAAUUACUUUAAUAGGGCCACCGUUUACUUUUCAGAGCCUACUGAAGAUGACUUUAUGGAUAGUAGAGCUGAUGUUAAUCUAGGUGUUUUACCCAGGAAAUUUGUGAAACAAUGCAAGUUAUUUUAAAAGUUAACAUUUUGUUAUUGAAAUGUGCUUUGUGGCAAGAAUACACUGUACCCAUUUUGAUCAUCCCAUUUAUUUUCUAUGAUGACCUUUUUUCAAUCAAAAAAAACAAACAAACAAAAAAAAACAUGUCCUCAGGUUGCUGUGAAGUAGCAGAGAGAUUAUUGGGCAAAUGCUGGCAGUAGUAAAGAAGCAAAACCUGGACUCAAUUAUGUAAGAAAGUAAAGUGUGAUUGUUAAAACAUAUGAAUCUACAACUUGUGUAAACAGUUUAGUGCAUCUGUAUUUAAAAUCACUUCUCGGGACCAUGUUGAACAUGCAAUAUUCUACAGUGGUCAAUUGAAAAAAAAUUUGAAAGUCAUGUUGAUAUAGCUGUAGCAUAAUUGGUGUAUGGUUAAUUUUACUACAUUAAAAAAAAAAGACAGCACAGUCGUUUGCAGUAAUGUCAGUAGGUA